UUUUCAUAAAGGUACUGAAAUUAAUUGCUUCGAUUUCUUCAAAUUUUGUUUCUUCUUUCCCAAUUAAUUGAUUUUCUCCCUUGUUCAUUGUUGAUUUUGAUUAUUAUAUAGUCAUAAUUACUUCUAAAAUGUUGGGAUUUAUGAAAUUUACACAUAAUUUAAUCCGCAAACUAAAUAAUAACCCCUUAAUAAUUCAAAUCCAUAAUCUUUAAAAUUAGAUGCUGAUAUAAAAUUGGGCGCACGACUUAAGAAGGGUAAAUAAAUUGCAAUUUGGGCAGUGAAGCGAAGAGAAGCUUGAAAUACUCAAUUUCGUCAACGUACUAUGACUUCCGAUUCUCGUAAAGUGAUUGUUCAUCUAAGAGCGACUGGCGAUGCCCCCAUUCUUAAACAAGCCAAGUUUAAGAUUCCAGGUACUGACAAAUUCAUCAAAGUAAUAGAUUUUCUGCGGCGCCAACUCCAUAGGGAGACCUUGUUUGUGUAUGUCAACAGCGCCUUCUCACCAAAUCCAGAUGAGUUGGUAAUUGAUCUAUACAAUAACUUUGGUUUUGAUGGUAAGUUGGUGGUCAAUUAUGCAUGCUCCAUGGCGUGGGGGUGAAAACUCCUGGUUGUUUGCAGUACAUUGCUAGAAGCUUCUCCAUAUCUGAGUAAAUACUUACUCUGUACGAUAGAAACCCGGCAUCAAUGAUUAGUCAGAUUGUUCUUCUGUAGAUUGUUCAGUAUAUAACUACGAUUUAUAUGUUGUUGCUUAUCGAUUGUGUUCCAAUAGUUUCUUCAUGGACGAUUGAUCUACGUUACCCAUAAGGAAAGGCCUUUCUCUGCG